AGCCGUUGCCGAAAACAAGACUGCGGUUCUGCGACAUUAAUGCUUUGCCUGGCCCCCAUCGGCGAACCGAAGAGGAACCAGGUUUUCUUAUCAAUAGCACUACCACACCGUCACCAUGUCCGGCGUUCCCAGAACGUCCGCGCACUUCGUGCGCAAUUCGACAAACAACUCCGUGAAGAACCCCGCCAAUCCCUCUGAGCAUGGUUACCACCAUGGUCCAAUUGCAAACCCGACCCAUGGCUGGGUCCCUCCCAGCCACCAGGCUAGUCGUGGUGGUAGAUUGAUAUGCCUGCGAUAUGCUUUGCAUCAGGCCACGGAGAAGGCCGCCCUCGCUAAGAGGCCGGGUUGUAAAAGGACCCUGUCCAUCAGAGAACCCAUCGGGCAUCGAGUGCUGCUGUGUGAUUCGGUCUGCCACUACACCCUUGAUCUCGUCAACCACUUCGACCUCUCGCGCUGCACAGUGACUAUCGACAGUCACUGCGCCUCCUCGAAGAAGAGCGGCGCCUCCGCGAAGAAGCCGAGAGCCAUAUGUCGGAGGAGCAAUGCCGACGCGAAGAAGAGCGGACCAUCAGCGAAAACCCCGACGAGGAGCUGCGGUACCCUGUUAUCCCCGCCGAAUCCGAGCCCCAGUCCGCCCUCCGGGCCGCCUCUGUCAACGACCACUCUACGAGCGGCUGAAGUAACAGACACUGGCAUACGUUCUAGAAGUGAAUAGCAACCUCACGAACUCGGACUAUGCCGCGAUC